AUGGAGGAGACGUACCUGCUCAACCAUCAGGGAGUCAGGAAGAAGAUUCUGGCAGGAGGCUCUGGACCGCUGCCACACUUUCCACCUGGGACAAAGCUCAUUUUCCAUUUCCAGACACUGCUGGAUGACUUUGAACGAACAGUCAUCGAUGACAGUCGACUAGCUGGCAGGCCGGCUGAAAUCUUUGUCGGAAAGAUGUUCAAGAUGGAAGUCUGGGAGACCCUGCUGACAUCUAUGAGGGUUGGAGAGGUGGCUGAGUUCUGGUGUGAUGCCGUUCACACAGGCUUGUACCCCAUCGUGUCCAAAGGAAUGAGGCUAAUCGCUCAAGGGAAGGACCCCCUGGAGGGCCAGAGACACAUGUGUGGCAUGGGAAACAUGUUCAACUAUCACUCCACUGGUUUCCCAGAGCUGGAUGAGCUAAUGAGAACUCCUCAACCACUUAUAUUCAUCAUGGAGCUGUUGCAGGUGGGAGACCCCAUGUCGUACCAAAGGGAGUCGUGGAUGAUGGAUAAGGAUGAGAAGCUGCAGACGGUGCCAAUUCUCCACAUGCAGGGCAAUGCGCUGGUCAAGCAGAGACAAUUCAGAGAGGCUGCCAGCAAGUACAAAGAGGCCGUCCUGCUGCUAAAAACAGUCCAGUCCAAAGAGAUGCCGGGUGACAUAGACUACAUUAAUCUGGGUCGAAUGAUCAUCCCCCUGGAGCUGAACUACUGCCAGUGUAUGCUGGAGCUGGAGGAGUAUUAUGAAGUUAUAGAGCACACCACCGAACUGCUGGAGAAACACAAAGACUGUGUGAAGGGCUACUACAAGAGAGCCAAGGCCCACGCUGCCGUGUGGAAUGAAAAGGAAGCUCGGAGAGACUACAACAUGGUGGCCAACCUAGACGUCACUCUGGCCGGCCUAGUCAACAGAGAGCUGAGGACCCUGUCAGAGAACAUGAAGGAGAAGUAUUGGGAGGAGAAGGAGCAAUACUGGAACAUGCUGGAGAAAAAGGAGAACAAAGAUGAGGAGAACGAAGGAAACUUCCUCAUGAAAGAAAACCACUUUGAGGAGGCUUCUGAGAAGUUCAAGGAGGCCUCAGGAUACGUGGACUUCCUUCAGAGUACGGUGGAUCGACAGGGCGAGGACUGGGAGUCGCUGGAGAAGGUGCGUCUUCCGCUAACUCUCAACCAGAGCCAGUGCAAGCUGGAGCUCAAACAAUACCAGCAAGUGGUGGAGCUCAACAACAAGCUGCUGAAGAAGCAUAAAGGUAACUUUAAAGCAGUGUACCAGCGAGCACGAGCACACGCUGCUUUGUGCAACGAAGAUGAAGCGCGGAGGGACUUUGCCAUGGUGGAGAAAUUAGACCCAAAGUUCAAACCGUUUGUCCGCCAGGAACUGAGAAAGCUGGCUGCAAGCGUGCGCUCCAAGCACGCCCGCCAGAACAAGACUUACUGGGAAACAACACAGGAGAAGUGGGGGCCUGGUGGGAGCAAGGCAAAGAGUGCGGCAACAAAAAAGUCUGUCAAAUGUGCAAAGAAGGAAAAAACUGAAGCAGAUAAGAAGACGCAAGACAGUGAAGGAGAAGACAAGGAAAGCUCAGAGAAACCCGCCUCUGCUGAGACGCAGGGAGCGGCUGACGCAGGAACAGAGAAAGAUCCAGAUGUGAAAGCAGAACAGCGUAAUAAAGAGUUCGAGAGUGGGAGCGCGGGUGGAGAGGGGUUAGAUAAUGAAAAUAUAGAGAGUGUCGUGGUUCAUGAAGACGGGCAGGGUGCACCAGAUAAUCGAGCGACAGAUAGAGAUAGCGAUCCCGCGCCCACCAGCACAGGCAAAGAUAAUGUAGUGAGCAAGAGAUCAGGGAGGGAUAAGGGCGGCAAGAAGGUCAAAUGCCAAUCAAGUGCGGCACGGGGCCCGAGCAAAACAAGCAAAGGGAACAAAGCCACCUGUGAUAAGACAGGAAACGGUGGCACUCAAUAA